UGGAAACACAAAGAUCCCCACAAAAUCCGUUAAUGUCCUUGACUCACACCCAACACAAAUAGGUCACUAUAUAACAAGCUUAUAUAGGUAACUAUGCCGCACAAGGUCAUUGACAUGCACUUCCACGAAAGAGAAGAAGAAGAAGAUACUGGUGAGAGUAGAUCAUCCUCAAGAACACCGAGAGGGCAUUUCGUCGUUUACGUCGGUACGAAGAAGAAGUUGGAAAGAUUCGUGAUCCCCACAACGUUUUUGAAGAGCCCUUCAUUCCAAAAGCUUCUAGACAAUGCGGCCGAGGAAUUCGGUUACGCGGAAGCUCACCGGGACAAGAUUGUAUUGCCUUGUGAUGUCUCUACUUUCCGAAGUCUUGUCAUGUUCCUGACUUCUCAUCAGGACAAGUCACAUUAACUAUAUGAGCCCACUACUACGUCGUCUGAAUGAUAAAAUGGUUAUAUGUUAUGUAUCUCAUAUUGUAUGAAUAUGGUUUAAUUCUUAUAAUGUACUUAUAUGCUAACUUUAUUCAACUACGAACUACGAGUGUAAGAUUUUUAUUUAUCAUAUGUUGAAUAUUAGUUCAAUGUGC